AUGAUUGCUACGCUCUCACACCUCAAGCAUGUCACGCUCUCACAGGUCAACCUUGCCAAGCUCUCACAUCUCAAGCUUGCCACUCUCUCACAGCUCAUGCUUGCCAGGCUCUCACAGCUCAUGCUUGCCACUCUCUCACAGCUCAAGCUUGCCAAGCUCUCACAGCUCAAGCUUGCCACUCUCUCACAGCUCAUGCUUGCCAGGCUCUCACAGCUCAAGCUUGCCAGGCUCUCACAGCUCAAGCUUGCCAGGCUCUCACAGCUCAAGCUUGCCAGGCUCUCACAGCUCAAGCUUGCCAGGCUCUCACAGCUCAAGCUUGCCACGCUCUCACAGCUCAAGCUUGCCAGGCUCUCACAACUCAAGCUUGCCAGGCUCUCACAGCUCAAGCUUGCCACGCUCUCACAGCUCAAGCUUGCCAGGCUCUCACAACUCAAGCUUGCCAAGCUCUCACAGCUCAAGCUUGCCACGCUGGACAAGCAUGAUCACAAUCUCGAGGGUCGGGGGAGGGUGAACACGUUGCGCCGCGCUCGUCAAUAA